AUGAAUAGUGUGCAGAAUCCUUUUAAUGAGACGAAGAGAUUGGCUGGACGCAAGUGGCUCAAGCUCUUCCUACAAAGACACACAGACAUUGCAAGAAGGAAGGCACAACACUUGAAUCCAGGAAGAGCUGCAAAGCUGAACAAGAUUAUUGUAAAUGAACAUUUUCAGAAACUGAAAACGGUCUUGUCCGAAUUGGAAUUAUUUGACAAACCCCACCUUUUCUACAAUAUGGACGAAAAGGGAUGUCGCCUCGCACUCCACAUGUCUCCUGAUGUUUUAGCCAAGAAAGGUGUGAAACACUUGCACUUUGUUGCCCCAGAACAUGGGAAAAAUGUUACCAUUGUCUCGCGUGGGAAUGCAGUGGGACAGGUUAUUCGUCCUAUGAUACUUUUCAAAGGAAAGCUUCGCAAGCCAGAAUGGGGAGACUAUUUGCCACUUGGGACUGCAGUAGAAAUGACAGAUAAGGGCUCAAUGAAUACUGCGACAUUCAUCAAAUGGAUUCAUCAUUUUGCCAAAUACAAGCCUGCAAAAGAUGUUAUUUUGAUAUUUGAUGGGGCAUCGUCACAUUUGGACCCGGAAAUUUGCGACGUUGCUGAAGAGCACAAUAUCAGACUUUACUGCUUGCCCAGCAACACAACACAUGAGCUGCAGCACAUGGAUAAAUCAGUAUUCAAGCCGUUUGAGUCGUACUGGGAUGACGAAGUUCAGCUGUACUGGUCUACAUAUGAAAGGGAAGAAAACAGAGCAAUUAAUAGACGUGUGUUUGGAAAAAUCUUCAGCAAGGUGUGGCCAAAAGCAGCAUCCCCAGUAAAUGGGUUUCGUGCGACAGGGAUUUAUCCUUUUGACCCAGAAGCUAUUCCAGACACUGCAUUUGCUCCCUCUCGUCCAUCAGAGCGUCCUGACCUAGAAAAUGACAUGACAAUUACCCCUGAAACAGAGAAACUGCCAGAGACUCAAUCAGUCCCAAAGGCUUCCCGUAAAAAGGGGCGCACAGUCCACUGA